AUGGCGGCGUCCUGGGGAAGGUUACUGACAGCGCGGGGUGUUCCCCGGGCUGCAGGGAAGGGUGGAGUCCUCCUCGUUGGUGGUGCUCUGUACAGAUAUCAGUCCCGUGGUGGGGCCGCCGUCACUCUGACCUCUGACCUCUGUGUCUCCUGUUGCAGCACCUUCGUCUGUCCCACCGAGAUUGUGGCUUUCAGUGACAAGGCCAACGAGUUCCGCGACGUCAACUGUGAAGUUGUGGCCGUCUCUGUGGACUCUCAUUUCUGCCACCUGGCGUGGACAAAUACCCCGAGAAAGACGGGAGGACUCGGACACAUGAACAUUCCGCUGCUGUCUGACCUGACAAAGCAGAUAUCCCGUGACUACGGAGUCCUACUGGAGACCCCGGGCAUCGCUCUGAGGGGUCUUUUCAUCAUCGAUCCCAAUGGAAUAGUGCGACACAUGAGCGUGAACGACCUUCCCGUUGGCAGAAGUGUGGAGGAGACUCUGAGGUUGGUGAAAGCCUUUCAGUACGUGGAGACCCACGGGGAGGUGUGCCCCGCCAACUGGACCCCCCACUCUCCCACAAUAAAGCCCAGUCCGGAGGCAUCGAAGGAAUACUUCAAAAAAGUAAACGAAUAG